UGUACUCCAUCGUAUCUGUUUGUAGUAAUCAUUGUGUAUUUUUUCUAAUUUGUAGCCGCGGAUCAGACUCAAUCGAUGCAGGAUUCAGAUGUCGAGCACCAAGUAUGGAAAAGUUCAUUCGCUCAUUUCUCCACACCUGAUUAUAAAUAAUAAUCAUGGCGAAAAGAAUGCAGCAAACAAUCGUGAGAUUGCACGAUGAAUCAUUUUACACUCCCCGACCAUCUUCAUUUGGGACUGAUAGAAAACAUAACAAAACAAAGACAACAACAUUCAAUGAAUGAAUAUUCCUUUGGAAGGAUCGCACGAAACAAAAUAACAAGUAUAGCAUCCCUCAUGAGUGUAUCUUGGCGUUGUAUUUUUGGACCAAUGAAAUUCAACAGUGUUUCCACUUAUUCAGGGGUUUUUCUCAACACUGCUCUGUACUCUAGAGCAAGGGUUUUCAAAUGGUGCUCCGCGGGAAAUUUGUGCUCCGCAAAGUUAUAGAAAAUGCUCCCACUUGAAAACCCACUUUGAAAAAAAAUCUUUAAUUUAAUUUCACUGGGCAUCUGGUGAUCUAUCUUGUAUAUCCCAGGUCAGAUAUCGUGUAAAUGCGACGUGCAACCGAAACAGAAUUGUUUUCAGCUGGAUAAUGUCAAUGCAAAUAAGAUUUGUUUUAUCGAUUAAAAAUUGCAGGUACUUCAUCAAAUAUUUUUGCUAUAAAAAGUGAUCUGCUAUAAAAAAAACUGAAAACCCUUGCUAUAGAGCAGGGGUUUUCAAAUGGUGCUCCGCGGGAAAUUUGUGCUCCGCGAAGUUAUAGCAAAUGCUCCCGCCUGAAAACCCACCUUGAAAAAAACAAUUCUUUAAUUUCAUUUUACUGGGCAUAUAGAGAUUUAUAUUGUUACUCCGGGUCAGAUGUCGUGUAACAGCGACUCGGAACCGAAAUAGAGUUGUUUCCAGUUGGGUAAUGUCAAUGCAAAUAAGAUUUGUUUUAUUGAUUGAAAAAUGCAGGUGCUCCGUCAAAUUAUUUUGCUAUAAAAAGUGCUCUGCCAUAAAAAAAAUGUGAAAACCCCUGCUAUAGAGGGUCAUCAUCAUAGAGUUCCUUCAAUAUUGUAUUUGUUGCUCCUUUUCCUUGCAUCCAAUUCCUGGCCCAAAUCCUUUUGCCUUUCUUCUUUUUCGGAUAGUACCUUCAGUUCGAAGAAAUUCAGCACAAAAUAUAUUCAUACACGGUUAGAGUGUACUUCGCGAUAAAAUUGUCUAAUGAUAAAUGCAACUGAGAACCUGAAACGAAAACUGCCAAUAGAGAAGUCGAUUUCGGAACAAUCAUCUGUUAAAUUCGGACCUGAUUGCUGUUUCUGACUAUUUUAUGGACAUUUGCAAAAUCAUCUGGCAUCCCUGGUAAGCCAAUGCUGUAGUAUCUAGUUCCUCGUCAGCAGCUCACACUGUGUGAACGGACAAGGCGAGUCAACCAAUUGUCAAGCGAGUUCACCGGCCCAGUAGCUACUCACUGUCAAGUCAGCUACUAGCAACGUAUAAAUGGGCUUUUAUUCAGGAAGAAUGGAUAUAAGCAAGGCGCCUAGAAGUAUAUCCUAAGGUGGGCCAACUUGCUAAAACCACUCUUCAGCCAUCUUGGAAGUCUACUGUGUUUUGUUUGUAAACAAAACACAAUACGCUAGUGCCGAAGCUCGCUCGUGAUCAGUCUGUCUCUUUCACGCUACAAGCAAAUAAUUCCCCUUCUGCUUUCUUCCGUACUGUUUUCAUAUACCGCUCCCCUUACCAACUUAGUGACGAAACGGCCUCACCUAGUACCAUAGACCCGUCUUGGAUAUAAGCAUGAAACAGUUUUGGGGAGCAGAUGUGUUUACACAAGAUAUAAGCGGAGAAGAUUCAGAAUAAGAUAGGUGCAAUAAUAGUAUUGAUACGUGGGAUAUUAAUAGGAAGAUAGCUAGGUUAUUCAAGUUGGGUUAGACCUCGGCUAUCAUAGCGACGGCGAUAGCUGAAUAUCCCCGCCUGUGUAUACCGUACCUGAACGUAAACGGAAUGAGCGUAAAUGAAAAAUUGUAAAGCGCUAUUUGAAUCUCUCUCUUUACGCGCUCAUUGAUAAAUAGCGCACGUGAGCGAUGUUAGAGUUAGUAGUGCUAGAAUUUCAGCCAUUGGGAGCACUGGUCGGUCACCGAAAAUCGGCCAACUUUAAAUGUAAUUUUUGUAUAGUUUUAAGAAUAGUAGAAUAGAAGAAAGCAUUGUUUAAGUAAAAUAAACCUUUUGUGUGUCUGAUAAAAUUGUGUUGUGGUAUUGCCACUUUACGUGAACCGAUAAAAUAGGGCCUCAACUGACCCCUAUUCAAAUUGAAAAGAAAGUGCAGUUACUGCAGUUUGUGGAAAAGGGUACUGUCACAGAUUCGGUAACCCUUCAUCGGAAAACCUUUUGGAAAGGCGUGAAUAGUGGUUACAAUUCGCAACAUUGGUGCCGUGACCAGGAUAUUUAUCCUCAAAGGGACAAUUGGGCUAUUCACGCCAUUAUUGGAUCAUUGAAUAGAGGAUACGCCAUCAUAGGAAAUUUGAAUAGCGAUUUUGUAUCCUGCCAUUACAAUUGCUGUAUUCUGUAUUCAAUACUUCGCGCCAUAGUUUAAUCACUUUCGCUGAUUCGGAUUCUGGAUUGGAAUUAUUUUUCAUACAAGGCCUAGUUGACAGGCUCAUACGGUGAGUACCUGUCCAACGUUUCUAAAAACGCUUUCUGUUCUACCGGGUCAUCUAUCUCUACUUUUCGGUGUUCUACGUUAUUGGAUGUGCUGAUUAUCUCGGUGGCCGAUCACAUUCGGCAAGUUUUUCUGGACGACAAGGUGGAAUUGAAUUUGAAGCAAAUUAGGACCAUAGGACAUUCAAUUCAAAAAUUACAUACGCAAUACGGAGCUUCAAUUGCAAUUAAAUUUAUUCAAGGCCUGAUUGACAGGCUCACAAGAAAAAUAAAUUCACAAUUUUAACGCUGAUAUACAUCGUAUGGAUUUCGACUGCUACGUUCCUCGGCUUCUCUCGCUGCUGAACAAAUUCGGCUUCUGGAUUCUGGUGGACAACUGCUGCUGACUGCAACUGCUGCAACUGCUGAAAGUAAAGAAAAAGAGGAACAAAUUACAUUCGGAAGAAUAAUUUUAUUCAAGGCCUGUUUGACAGGCUCACCAGGUGAGAAUCUGUCCAAACAUUUAAAUUUUCUUCCGAAAGGUGCUUUUCUUGUGCGUUGUUUCUGUUGCAGAAAAUUUUCCCACUUUCAACACACUCUCCAGCAUCAGUCGUCAUGGGAAAGAAACUAAAGCCCAAAAUUUUCGUGAGGGACAGCAUCGUGGAUUUUCUUCUACGUACGGAGAAAUACGCUGCUGACAACGCACAAGCCGAUGAAAACGUCGUGAAGGGCCGCUUGGAGAAAUUGGAAACCAAAUGGGACGAAUUCGAGGAGAUUGAAAAUGAAAUCGAGGAGGCAGAGGAAGACGAAGAAAACAUCGAGGCGCACCGGAGAGUUAGGGCUGACUUCGAAGAAAAAUAUUUCGAGGUAAGGGCAAGGUUGAUGGCAAAAUUACCACGGGUUUUAACACAAAACGAGCAACAAAACUACGCUUUACCACCUACUAACACACUACACGCCUCUGUACGACUGCCACAAAUAAAUCUCCCAGAAUUCGACGGAAAAUAUGAGCACUGGCUUCCAUUUCACGAUACAUUCAGGGCCCUAAUUGAUUCCUCUGCUGAGUUAACCAAUAUCCAGAAGUUCCAUUAUCUGCGAGCUUCUUUGAAAGGUGAUGCGUUGAAACUGGUUGAUUCCUUUCCGAUGAGCGAUGCGAAUUAUAGGGUUGCAUGGGAUGGUUUGGUAGCUCGGUUCUCCAACGGUUAUCUACUCAAGAAACGUCAUCUGAACGCGCUGCUAGAAUAUCCGAAGAUGAAGAAGGAGUCGGCUUCAGGUAUCCACGACAUCAUCGAUUGCUUCGAGAGAAACACCAAAAUAUUGGAUCAACUGGGUGAAAAAACAGCCGGAUGGGGUGCAAUGCUGACUCACAUCAGGAUCUCAAAGCUGGAUGAUUCGACGCAGAAGCAUUGGGAGGAACAAGCAACACAUCACGAAGAUCCUGGUUUCCCUUUGCUUGUGGAGUUCCUGAAAAAACAAACACGGGUACUUGAUGCAGUGUCGGUAGAUCAACACAUUUCUGGUUCAGUUAGUCCACCUAGCGCUAUUAAAGCACGUUCAAUGAAGGUUUCAGUCAACUCGGCGACUGAAUAUACGGGUCCAAGCUGUGCAUCGUGCGGUCAACAACAUGCCAUCGUACGGUGUCCGACAUUUGGAAAAUUUACUCUAGACAAACGGUUGAAGUUUACCAAUUCGAAGCGUCUCUGUAGCAACUGUCUGGGACGCAAUCAUAUGGCAAGAGACUGUCCUUCAAAGUUCCGUUGUAAAACGUGUGAUAAGAAACAUCACACCCUUCUACACCCUGGUUUCCCUGGUUCUGGUUCGACGGCCACUAGCGCAGCGGUUGUCGAUAAAACUCCUACUCCGUCUACAUCUGGUGAUUCAUCGAGUUCUGGUGGUUUGGUUUCUAGCUCGGUGGUAUCAAUUUCUUCUAAUCUGGCAAAGGAGUCCAUGGAGUCUCACGUCUUUCUACUGACGGCUUUGGUAAAGGUGAAUGACAGUUUUGGAAGGUCGCAUCUAGCACGGGCGUUGCUGGAUUCCGGAUCGCAGGCCAAUCUGAUGUCCAAACGAUUGUGCCUCUUAUUAAAUCUCUCUCUUCGUAACAAAACUUUGGAAAUAUGCGGUAUUGGACAGACACGGCAGCAAACAGCAUAUGAAGUUUCCGCUGAAAUAACAUCGAGAGUCAAUGAAUAUUGUGCACUAUUGGAAUUCGUGGUCUUAGACCAAAUAACUGAAACUCAUCUAAAUACUUCACAUGAUGCUUCACGUUGGAAACCUCCACAAUGGAUGAAGCUAGCUGACCCUGAUUUCCACAGAUCUGGUCCGAUCGAUAUAGUCCUUGGCUCGCAGCAUUUCUAUGAUUUUCAUCUGCUUAAUGGUGGCCGGAUGCAGUUCCGAAAAUUUGGUCCAAACCUUCCAAUCUUCGUCAACACUGUUUUUGGAUGGGUGGCUGCAGGUGAAGCUCUGGGAAGAAAUUCCAUUGCAAAAAUUAGCUGCAAUGUGAUGACAGCUGAAAAACUGGAAAAAUCAAUCGAAAAAUUUUGGAUUAUAGAAGAAAUACCUAAAAGCACUCCUCGUUCGCAAGAAGAGGAAGAUUGCGAGCUUCAUUUUCGGAAUACUGUAACCCGAGAUGAAACUGGUCGUUACAUUGUACGCUAUCCGAAGAGAAUCAACUAUAACGAGCUGAUAGGAGAGUCCAAAACCGCAGCACUGCGAAGGUUCGAGCAGCUUGAAAGGCGUUUGGUACAUGAUUCUAGCCUACGGAAACAUUAUGAUGAUUUUAUGCAAGAAUACCUUGACCUUGGACACAUGCGAUCGAUCCACAACGUUCAAGAAAUGCCGAAAUUGGAGCAACAUGUUUGCUAUCUUCCACAUCAUCCUGUGUUCAAAGAAGCAAGUACAACAACCAAGGUACGAGUCGUUUUCGAUGGUUCUGCAAAGACAUCAACCAGUCAUUCGUUGAACGAAGCUUUGUUGACUGGACCAGUCAUUCAAGACGAGCUGUUGGAUUUGAUGCUCCGGUUUCGAAAACAUCCGGUAGCAUUGGUAGCAGAUGUAGAGAAGAUGUACCGGCAAAUAAAAGUCCACUCUGGCGACACAUCUUUACAACGGAUCAUAUGGCGUUUCAAUCCACACGAACCGAUCAAGGUAUAUGAGCUGCAAACGGUUACAUAUGGGCUUUCUCCUUCUUCCUUUCUUGCAACGCGUGUACUCCAACAAUUGGCUGAUGAUUGCGGGCACAACUAUCCUCUCGCCGUCACUGCACUGAAGGAGGAUUUUUAUAUGGACGACUUCUUGUCAGGUGCGCAAUCUACGGAAGAGGCAAAAGAGUUACGAAAUCAAAUACAAUCCCUCCUACGGGAAGGUGGAUUCCAACUGAGAAAAUGGAACUCGAACAAACCAGAGGUACUAGCCGACCUACCACCAGCUAGCAUAGAAAGUUCUCCAACGCUGCAAUUCGAACCGGAACACAGGGUUAAAACCUUGGGUGUUGUUUGGGAAACAAAGCUGGAUCAACUAUGCAUCGAAGUACGGGAAGCAUCUAACCAUAGUGUUUGGACUAAACGGAAGGUGUUCUCGGUCAUCGCUCAACUGUAUGAUCCUCUUGGACUAGUAUCACCGGUAAUUUCUUGGGCAAAAAUUCAAAUGCAGCAUCUCUGGUUGGCCUCUGUUGGCUGGGACGAGCCAAUUCCUGACGAGCUUGAUAGUCGAUGGAGGGAAUUCUGUGCGCAAUUGCCACUUCUUCAACGCUUUUCGGUGUCCCGAUACAUUCUUGUGUCAUCCUGGGUGAAUGUCGAAUUUCACGUUUUCUGCGACGCUUCUGAAGCUGGCUACGGUGCAUGUAUUUACACUAGAUCAACCGGCAGGGAUAGGACAAAUACAACGAAGCUCACAGCCGCAAAAUCACGAGUAGCGCCUCUGAAGCGGCUUAGCCUACCACGGCUGGAACUAUGUGCUGCACUCUUGGGGGCCAAACUGUAUGCAAGAGUAUCGGCAGCGCUGAGGAUGGAGGGAAUUCCCUGCUGGUUUUGGACCGAUUCCAUGGUCACACUGCACUGGAUACGUGCACCGCCAAACACAUGGCAAACGUUCGUUGGCAAUCGUACCGCUGAGAUUCAACAACUAUCGCAUGGACAUAAAUGGAACCAUGUCAAGGGCGUCGACAAUCCAGCUGAUCAUGUCUCACGCGGUUUACUCCCAGCACAGUUAUUGGAAGACUCCAUAUGGCUGUCCGGUCCGGCAUGGCUAUCAAAACCACAAGAUGAAUGGCCUCAGGUCGCCAAUUUAAUCCUACCAUCUGAAGACACAUUAGAACGGCGAAAGGUGGUCAACAUUGUUCAGCAAGCUCCUGAUCCGUGUUUUCUUUUUACGUUGUAUUCCUCAUUCUGGCGGCUGGUCCGGAUCACAGCGUACAUCGUUCGAUUCGCAUCUAAUUGUCGACAAAGGUCCCAACGGAAUCAGCAUCAAUUGCUGACGGUGUCUGAGCUGAAAAAGGCGAAGGAGAUUUUAGUAAAAUGCGCGCAAACAGAACGAUUUGGUGAGGAAUUGAAGGCGCUGAAAAACAAUAAACCAGUCCCAUCGAACUCGUCUCUAAAACUUUUGCAUCCAUUCAUUGACCAGGAAGGUAUUCUUCGUGUUGGUGGCCGGCUCAGACAAUCUCCCGAACGCUAUCAAACCAAACACCCAAUCAUCCUCCCUAACAAGCACCCAUUAACACUUCUCAUCGCAACGCAUUAUCAUAACAAAAUACUACACUCUGGUCCUCGCAUGACACUAGCCUCGAUACGUCAAGAAUUUUGGCCCAUAGGUGGUAAAGCGCUCGUGAAUUUUGUGUAUCGCAACUGCAUACAAUGUUUCCGUCACAAACCUGUCCCUUCUAAUCAACCUGUCGGCCAAUUGCCCGAAGCUCGUGUUCGUCCAAGUCGACCUUUCACAAUAACAGGCGUCGAUUACUGCGGCCCCGUUUACAUGAAACCAAUUCAUCGCCGGGCAGCUUCUCAAAAAGCAUACAUAGCGGUCUUCAUUUGCUUCGCAACCAAAGCAAUUCACCUAGAGUUGGUCUGCAAUUUAUCAACGGAAGCAUUCAUCGCUGCUUUGCGUCGUUUCGUAGCCCGUCGUGGACUACCAGCAGAAAUCCAUUCCGACAACGGAACAAACUUUCAAGGAGCAAGAAACACACUCACUGAACUGUACACUUUGUUAAAAAAUGAGAAGCACAAGCAAGUAGUCGUCAAUGAAUGUAGCAAUCAGGGCAUAACAUGGAAAUUCAUCCCACCCAGAGCGCCUAAUUUUGGUGGCCUCUGGGAAGCAGCGGUCAAAUCAACAAAAACGACACUCGUAAAAACAAUCGGCAACGCAAAGCUAUCCUAUGAGGAUUAUGCCACACUGCUCACACAAGUUGAAGCCAACCUCAACACUCGUCCACUCACACCGCUCUCUGAGGAUCCUAACGAGCUGGAAGCGCUAACACCGGGACACUUUCUAAUUGGCCAGUCGUUGAGCACCAUCCCUGAUCCAGAUUACACAAACACAAAAAUGCAUCGCUUGAAGCACUAUCAGCAGCUGCAAAAGUUAAUCCAAGACCACUGGAUGCGAUGGAAAAAGGAGUAUCUCACCGAAUUGAAUCAUCUCCGGAGGAAGCACCUGGACAAAAUAAAUGUGGCUCCAGGCCAAAUGGUACUACUUCAGGAGGAUAACAAACCAUCAAUCUCCUGGCCAUUAGCAAGAAUUCAUCAAGUGCAUCCAGGAGAAGAUGGCGUCGUACGAGUUGUAACAGUUCUAACAGAAUCUGGAAUCUACAAAAGACCAAUUUCUAAAGUAUUUAUACUUCCCUUCGACCGUAACUUGGCAGAGCAUCAGCUGAAUGGAGAUUCCACAUCUCAGAGCACCCACAACAAGUGAAAGACGUAUGCAUUAGGCUAAAUUCAUCACUUGUAUAUCACAAUUCACUUCACAUGUUUGUUUUUGUUUAUAAAUUUAUCAGAACAAAUUUAGGUGGCCGGCUAUGUUUACACAAGAUAUAAGCGGAGAAGAUUCAGAAUAAGAUAGGUGCAAUAAUAGUAUUGAUACGUGGGAUAUUAAUAGGAAGAUAGCUAGGUUAUUCAAGUUGGGUUAGACCUCGGCUAUCAUAGCGACGGCGAUAGCUGAAUAUCCCCGCCUGUGUAUACCGUACCUGAACGUAAACGGAAUGAGCGUAAAUGAAAAAUUGUAAAGCGCUAUUUGAAUCUCUCUCUUUACGCGCUCAUUGAUAAAUAGCGCACGUGAGCGAUGUUAGAGUUAGUAGUGCUAGAAUUUCAGCCAUUGGGAGCACUGGUCGGUCACCGAAAAUCGGCCAACUUUAAAUGUAAUUUUUGUAUAGUUUUAAGAAUAGUAGAAUAGAAGAAAGCAUUGUUUAAGUAAAAUAAACCUUUUGUGUGUCUGAUAAAAUUGUGUUGUGGUAUUGUCACUUUACGUGAACCGAUAAAAUAGGGCCUCAACUGACCCCUAUUCAAAUUGAAAAGAAAGUGCAGUUACUGCAGUUUGUGGAAAAGGGUACUGUCACAGAUUCGGUAACCCUUCAUCGGAAAACCUUUUGGAAAGGCGUGAAUAGUGGUUACAAUUCGCAACAAGAUGAAAAGAGAGUAGCUAGUGAUUCCCGAUUUUUUUUAAAUUAAUCGUUCAACAGUUAAUCGCGUUGACGGCAUUGAGUUUCGUUUGCGAGUUUAUAGGAGCGUCGGAGAUGGUGAUUGAAUUUCAGGAUAAAACUGCAGCGGCCGUACGUUUUUUUUUCUCUAGGUUUGAAUCGGUUAUUCGAAAUUAUUCGUUCGCUUCGAUUAUUGGUUGCACAGUGUUCGUUCGAUUAAUAAUCGAUUUCUGUGGGAAUUAUUCUAUUAAUCGAUUAAUCGAACGAUUAUCGGGGAUCAUUAGGAGUAGCGUUCCGGAUUGAAGUGCGAUACAGAGGGCCUCAUUACGAGCGUCGGUGGGGGCGAGAUGGUUUGUAUGCAAGGUUAUAUACACUUCAUCUCGUUUUCACCGUGAGGUGAUGUUCGUGAUCAAGCUCAGAGUAUGUGUGAUGAAUAAUGUGAUGAAUGAUGAAUAUAAUGACUAAAAAUCAGAUGCAAGCACAAAAAGAAGAUAUUUCAGCAUGAAAACUAUGUUUUAUAAAUACAGGAAUUAUGAAACUAUCCAUCUUUAAGGUCGUGUACACCAGUUGUCAAAUAAUGUGAAAGUCAUGAUCAAAACAAAAGAACAAAAAUCUACCACUCAUUGACAAAUUUAGAGAAGAUUCAUAGAAUUACUGUGGAGCAUCCGCUCGCGGAUAAUAGGGGUUCUACUGUACCUCAAAAAUUACUAAAUAAAUUUUUACAUGCAUAAAGGUUGGGUUAACAUAGCAUGUUUAGGGUUAGGUAUACCAUCUGGUCAGAUUUGAAAAUCACGACACCUGCCACAGUUCCGAUUAUGACCAAACCAUUGUGAUUCUUUGAGACAUACAUAAGUAGAAACAUGUGAAAUUUAUGUAUUUAACAUGUUCCUUGGGCGACCCAUGCGGUGAAAAUACUCCGGAGAUGAUGGCUUCUGACUUUUUACGAGCACAAAAGAUUUUUUGGCGGUUUCAGAGUCAUCAAACAUCAAGUGCAAUAGUACCAAAGUACAAGCCACGGGAAUGAAAUGCAAAAGUUUCUUCUGCAACCCAAAUUUUCUGAGCGGCAGAAUUUCUGCACCUCAUAGCUUAGCAUGGAUUUGGAAGUAAUUGAAUAUUCUGGCAAUGUAUUGGUGUUUGGAUAUGCUUUUCCAGAUCAGAUCUACCUGUAAUGUUUCAUUGUUGAUUUCAAACUUCUGUUUCAAUGGCUAAAUCUGAAUACCGCUAUGAGCCACCGGUACUUAUGAUUCACAUAUGCAGCGUUGGCCUCAUAACCCUUAAGUUCUUUUGUGAAAAGGGUAAAAUGACACUUUAGAUUCGACAUUUGAAAAAAAAAUAUACUUGGAAUAUCGAGACAAAACACAAAAACAUCACCGUGGCCAGUGAAACAAAAUAGUUUGGCUAGGUAACUGCGAAUAACGAAAAUCGCGGAUAACGCGAUAUAUGACUAAAAUGAGGAUUUCACCAUGAACACAAUGUUUUAUCAAUACAGAAAACAUUAAACUUUCCAUCUGCAAGGUCGUGUGCACCAGUGGUCAGAUAAUAUGAAAGCUAUGACCAAAACAAAAGAGCAAGUGCCUGAGCCUCACUAACAAAUUUGGAUAAGCUCUAUAGAAUUACUAUGGAACUCGCUUUCGCGGAUAAUCCGCUCGCGGAUAAUCGGGGUCCCCUUGUACAUUGAACAUAACCCUGAUUCUGCAACAAAAUUGAAUAUCCCAUGAAAAUCAAAAUAAAGGCUAAAUUGUGAAAAAUAAAUCAGGACUCCCCAAAUAGAUCUCAAAACCAGUACAUGUCCUGCUAAAUCAGGACAGAUGGAAACUGGGAUAUACUGGCCGGUUUGACAUUUUUUUACCAUUGUUAUCGCGUAAUUUACGUAAUUUGUACGAACAAUUCGUAUUGCAAAAAUUUACUAAUUAUUGGUAAUAUUGGUUAGUCAUAUAAACCAAUUUUUCGGGAGAGUUUGAGUGAUUAUUUGCACCCCUUUAGAAUUGAACAAUCAGCAGCUAGUCCGAGUUUGACAGUUAUCUGGUCGGAAAUCGAUCCCUCUGUUGUCUGAUCUAGUGAUUCCCGAUUUUUGAAAUUAAUCGUUCAUCAGCUAAUCGAAUACUUUCCAGCAGUUUGUUAUUCGAUACGAUUAAGUGCGAUACACAUACAACUUCCCGUCACCGUGAAGUCAACGUAAAGGAAUGAAAUGUCAAAUAUUCUACCAUGCAAAUCGUAUGCUAGCAUUCAGAUACACAAUCACCGGUAACUUUGACGUCGACAAAAUAAGUCCAAAAGAUUAGUUGACGGGACGGUGACGGUCACGCAGUAUGUGUAGCGUACUUUAAUCGCCCCAAAUAAUCGAUUAAUCGUCACACUGAGAGAAAUAAUUAGUGACACUGAUAUUUCUCAUUUGCUAGAGAGCCAUCUGGAAUCAGUAAAGUGUUCAUUCCACCUGAAAAUCUAUUAUCUUUCAAGCUCCCCUAAACUUGUAAACGAAGCUCAAUUCGCGUUAACGGCAUUAAGCUUCGUUUACGAAUUCAGGGGAGCGUCAAAGAUAAUGAUUGGUUUUCAGGACAAAACUUUUCUCUGGAUUUAAAUCGAUUAUUCGUAAAUGAUUCGUUCGCUUCGAUUAUUGGUUGUGCAGUAUUCGUUCGAUUAAUAAUCGAUUUCUGUAGGAAGUAUUCGAUCAAUCGAACGAUUAUCGGGGAUCACUAGUCUGAUCUCGUUACAGCUGAAGAGAUACAAAUAGCACAUAAAUUUGUUCGUUUUUUAUUUGCUCCAGAAAUACAGACCGUUCAAAUAAAUAGAACUGGAGAAGUGGGAUGGCGUCUGUUAGCGUCAGCCUUAAUGUUCGACCGUAAUUCAUAUCAACAGUGACCAAUGCAGCUUUUGCUCCAAUAUAUGCAAUGAGGAAUUCCAUCACGUACUGGUCCCCUCUCGUCAAGAUGAGAAGCUAAAAACUAUCCUGCAGAAGUUG